UACAAUCAUAAUCAUAGGUUUUGGGUGUUCAAACUCAGAGUUUUCACAUUCACACACAUUUUAAUACAAUCCACAACACAACAUAACAUAACAGCCCUUCUCUUCUCUUCUUCUCUGCUCUGCUCUGCUCUGCUCUGUUCCAACACACACAGCCAUAGCCAUAGCCAUAGCCAUAUGGUGAGUCCAGUGGUAGUUGGGAAAGUAGGAAAAGAAUACUACGAGAAAGAGGAGAUAUCGGAGAUGGGGUUGAGUAGGAGGAGUCCUCGGUGGCUGAAACCAAUGCUGAGAGCAAGCUAUUUCGUGGGAUGUUCAAUCCAUGGAAAUUCCAAUAAGAGCGAAUGCAAUAUGUUCUGUCUCGACUGCAUGGGCCACGCACUCUGUUCUUACUGUUUAUUCAAUCACAAAGAUCACCGCCUCGUUCAGAUUCGGAGGUCGUCUUAUCACAACGUGGUGAGAGUGAAUGAGAUUCAGAAGUACAUAGACAUUUCUUGUAUUCAGACUUACAUAAUCAACAGCGCCAAGAUUGUCUUCUUGAAUGAGCGUCCUCAGCCUAGGCCUGGAAAAGGUGUCACCAACACUUGUGAGAUUUGUUGCAGAAGCCUUCUCGAUUCCUUUCGUUUCUGCUCUUUGGGCUGCAAGCUGGGAGGAAUGAAGCGAGGAGACAAAGAGUUGACAUUCAUGGUGAAAUCGUCAUCAUCAUCAUCAACAUCGUCAUCGUCAUCGAUGGCGGGGAAACACAACAGAGAUGAUGGUGAUGAUCACGAGAACACAAACGUAAACUUCAAUGGUGAUGGUGGUGGAUCGGAUUCGGAAGAUUCAUGGACAAUGGCUCCGAAGAAGAAGAUGAUGAGAACAUCCAUGGAUGAUAAAGGAGAUCAGAAGCAUCGGAGGUCGUCAUGGAGCUCUGAAAAUGGUUCGGCCAUAUCUCCUUCGACUCCGCCAAUUUUCAACCACCGCAAUGCCAGUAGAAGAAAAGGCAUACCUCACCGCGCACCCUUUUAAUCAAAUCAGUAUUGCCUUCUUUUACUCUAAAAAACUAAUAAGUCUGUUUAAGUUUUUACUUUUAUAUGUACAGAGAAAGAAAGAAAGAAAGAAAGAAGAAGAAUGUUACACAGGACAGGACAUAUAUAUAUAUACAUAUACAUAUAGUCUAGUAGUGUUAAAACAGAUCAGCUGUACUAAUACAAUAGUUUAAGUUAUUAAUUAGUAGUAAAUACAAGAAGAAGAAGAAGAAAAAACAUAUUAGUAUGUGGAGUCUCUUUGAAAUUAGAGGAAUGCAGUUUUAUUAGCAUUACUCGAUUGUACAGUAGAAUAUGAUUGAUAGAAAGUGAUACAUAAUAUGUAUAUAUGUGUGUGAGAUAUUGUAUUAUAUGGUUGGUUGUUUGUUUUAUUGUAAAGUAAAUGAAUAGUAGUACAGUGUAUAAAGUUAAAUAUUCUGUGGAUUGGAUGAUUCUUGGUUUA